AUGGAUAGCAACGGCGAGGGUGGUAAUGUUGGCGUUGCUAGUAGUGGGGCUGAUAAUGGCAGUAUUGCGGGGUAUGAUCCAUUCAAAGACCCAAAGAGGAAGGCCAAAUCAAAUGACCCAGGGUGGAAGUAUGGGUAUUGGCCUGACCUUACAGACAAAAAUCUUGUCAAAUGCAAUCUGUGCAAAAAAGAUCUCAAAGGUGGGAUUAAAAGGAUAAAGCAACAUUUGGUGGGUGGAUAUGGAGAUGUUGCGAAGUGCACCAAGACAACUGCAGCAAUUGCUCAAGAGAUGAAUGCAGCUUUAAUGUCUCAAUCUUCUUCCAAAGUGAUUCCAAGCUCUGGUACAGCUGCAAAGAGAAAGAGGAAUGUCAUAAUUCAGCCACCAGUAAGGGGUCCCAUGGAUGCUCAUGUGAGACAGACACCUGAACAAGAGGUUGCUGACAAGAGGCUUAAAGGCCGUAACCAAACUACAAUAGAGAACCGGAUGAGAUCAGCUGAAGAGAAAAAGAGAGUUGAUAAUCAUAUUGUGGAUUGGCUUUAUGAGUGUGGGAUUCCAUUUAAUGCACUAAAGUCAAGAAGCUUUGAAGUGAUGAUUGAAUCCGUUGCACAAUAUAGGCCAGGAUAUAGGCCCCCUACUUAUCAUGAAGCGAGGGUGCCUUUGUUAAAAUCAGCAAAGGAGAGAACUGCAGAGAUGAAAAAGACCUAUGAAGGGUAUUGGAAGCAGUUUGGAUGUACACUCAUGUCUGAUGGGUGGACAGAUAAAAAGGGAAGACAUUUGAUCAACUUCCUUGUCAACUGUCCGGAGGGGACUUAUUUUAUGGGUUCUGUUGAUGCAUCAAGUUAUGUACAAGAUGCAAAUACCUUGUUUCAAUUACUUGAUAGCAAGGUAGAAGAAAUUGGGGAAGAAUAUGUUGUGCAAGUUGUUACAGAUAAUGCUGCCAAUUAUAAAGCAGCUGGUGCAUUGUUGAUGGAGAAGAGGACAAGGCUCUAUUGGACUCCUUGUGCAGCCCACUGCAUUGAUCUUAUGUUGGAAGAUAUUGGUAACUUGAAGGCAUACAAGAAGGUGAUAGUGAAGGCUAGGAAAAUAACAACAUUCAUCUACAGACAUACACACCUUCUAGAUGCCAUGAGAGCUAAAACAAAUGGGAGAGAUCUUGUGAGGGCUGCUGUAACAAGAUUUGCAACUUCAUUUCUAACACUCCAGAGCUUAUUGAGGCACAAGGAUGACUUGAGGCAUUUAUUUAUUUCUGAUGAUUGGAAGCAUUCUAAUUUGGCAAAGACAAAGGUAGGAAAGAAAGUGGCUGAAAAGGUCUUUGCUAUUACAUUUUGGAAUGGUGUGGAAGACUGUAUCAGAGCAUCAAAACCACUUAUUGUUGUUUUGAGGAUUGUAGAUGCUGAUGAGAAGCCCGCCUUGCCUGAAGUCUAUGUUGCCAUGGAAGAGGCUAAAAAGAUGAUUAAGAAAAAUUUUGGGGAUAAAGAGAGGUUGUGGAAGAAAGUCAUAAAUAUUGUUAAUAGACGAUGGGAGUGUCAGAUGGAGCGCCUAUUGUAUGCUGCUGCAUUGUUUCUUAAUCCUGGGAAGUUUUUUCAGUAUUCAGAAGCUGAGGAUUAUCAAAUGAGACAGACUUUACAAACGGCUUUUAAUCAAGUCACCUCAAGAUUAGUGCCUGAUCCAUCUUUACAAGACAAGAUAUUACAUCAAGCUGGUGAAUAUAGAAAUGCUCGAGGUCUUUUUUCGAGCAGUAUGGCCAUUAGACAACGGACAACUAUGAAUCCAAGUAAGUAG